AUGUCCGACAAAGACAUUCAUCCAAAUAAAUUUAGCGAACUGCGAAGUAUCGGUAAAUACUACAUUGAUUCAUAUAAUGCGUUGUAUCAGCUGAAAACUGAAAAGGAAGAAGAUUUAAACUCAAUUUACAAACUGAUCAAAACAGAAUUGAUUGAUUCACAUAAACACCCUCCCCAAAUAAUUAUUCGAGACAUUUUAAAUAUAAUUCCGUAUAAUAAUCGCUAUACAAAGUCAUAUUUAUACCUUGCCAAACUCUUAUCUGAUGAUUACCAUGUCACAGAGGUCAACUGCGUUGAAACUAUUUCAAAAUUCCUGUUUUACAAAGAAUAUUUUGAAAUAGACAAAUCUGCCGAUUUUGAAAACAUGAAUUCAGAAAAUCUUGAAAUUCAUACAGAAGAUACAAUUUACAUAGCAAUUAUGUAUAAUGACUUAGAAAGAUUCAUUACAUUCACUGAAAUAGAUGGAUUUGAUAAAGAUCAAACACUUGAGAAUAGUUUAUAUCCAGUUUAUUAUCAAGGAUAUUCAUUACUUGAAUUAUGUUGUUACCAUGGAGCAGUUGAUUGUUUUAAGUUGUUAAGAACGAAAUUUAGCUCAGAAAUAACUCAAAAAUGUCUUCAAUUUUCAUUUUUAGGCAGAAACAUAGAGAUCUUGAGUGAAUGUUUGAAAUAUCAAACACCAGAUGUAGAAUGUAUGGAAUAUGCAAUUAUUUCACACAACAUUGAUUUUUUUACAUUCUUGAUGAAUGAAUACAAUAUAAAGAUCGAUUUAUUUUAUUGCGCAAAGCAUAAUAAUCUUGAAUCAUUUUUAGUUUAUUUCGAUCAAACUAAUGAUAUUAACAAAUUCUAUAUUAAUUCUGGAAUGUUUAAUAUUCCAUCUCUUUGUGAAUAUUUCCUAUCAAACGGUGCAAAUAUCAAUGAAAAAGAUAAAUAUGGACGAACAUCUCUUCAUAAUUCAACCUACAAUAAUAGUAAAGAAAUAGCCGAACUUCUUAUUUCACAAGGUAUAAAUAUCAAUGAAAAAGAUAAUUUUGGACAAACAGCUCUUCAUUAUGCUGCACAAAAAGAUAGUAAAGAAAUAGCUGAACUUCUUAUUUCUCAAGGUAUAAAUAUCAAUAAAAAAGGUAAUGAUGGACAAACCGCUCUUCAUAUUGCAGCAGAAAAUAAUAGUAAAGGAACAGCCGAACUUCUUAUUUCUCAAGGUAUAAAUAUCAAUAAAAAAGAUAAACAUGGAACAACCGCUCUUCAUUAUGUAGCAGAAAAUAAUAGUAAAGGAACAGCCGAACUUCAUAUUUCACAAGGUAUAAAUAUCAAUGAAAAAGAUAAUUUUGGACAAACAGCUCUUCAUUAUGCUGCACAAAAAGAUAGUAAAGAAAUAGCUGAACUUCUUAUUUCUCAAGGUAUAAAUAUCAAUAAAAAAGGUAAUGAUGGACAAACCGCUCUUCAUAUUGCAGCAGAAAAUAAUAGUAAAGGAACAGCCGAACUUCUUAUUUCUCAAGGUAUAAAUAUCAAUAAAAAAGAUAAACAUGGAACAACCGCUCUUCAUUAUGUAGCAGAAAAUAAUAGUAAAGGAACAGCCGAACUUCAUAUUUCACAAGGUAUAAAUAUCAAUGAAAAAGAUAAUUUUGGACAAACAGCUCUUCAUUAUGCUGCACAAAAAGAUAGUAAAGAAAUAGCUGAACUUCUUAUUUCUCAAGGUAUAAAUAUCAAUAAAAAAGGUAAUGAUGGACAAACCGCUCUUCAUAUUGCAGCAGAAAAUAAUAGUAAAGGAACAGCCGAACUUCUUAUUUCACGUGGUGCAAAUAUCAAUGAAAAAGAUAAUUUUGGACAAACCGCUCUUCAUAAAGCAGUAAUUCAUAAUAAUAAAGAAACAGUCGAACUUCAUAUUUCACAAGGUAUAAAUAUCAAUGAAAAAGAUAAUGAUGGACAAACCGCUCUUCAUAUUGCAGCAGAAAAUAAUAGUAAAGAAACAGCCGAACUUCUUAUUUCACGUGGUGCAAAUAUCAAUGAAAAAGAUAAUUUUGGACAAACCGCUCUUCAUAAAGCAGUAAUUCAUAAUAAUAAAGAAACAGUCGAACUUCAUAUUUCACAAGGUAUAAAUAUCAAUGAAAAAGAUAAUUUUGGACAAACCGCUCUUCAUAAAACAGCACGUUAUAUAGAUAAAGAAACAGCCGAACUUCUUAUUUCACGUGGUGCAAAUAUCAAUGAAAAAGAUAAUGAUGGACAAACCGCUCUUCAUAUUGCAGCAGAAAAUAAUAGUAAAGGAACAGCCGAACUUCUUAUUUCACGUGGUGCAAAUAUCAAUGAAAAAGAUAAUUUUGGACAAACCGCUCUUCAUAAAACAGCACGUUAUAUAGAUAAAGAAACAGCCGAACUUCUUAUUUCACAUGGUGCAAAAAUAUAA